CACGAAGAGAUCCCAGGCCCUAGGAGAGCGGAAAGCAAAGGGAGAAACGAGUGGCAUCAGAAGGGAAGGAGAUGUGAAGGAAGCUGCAGGCGAGCAGGAGGGGAAGACAAGGAGGGGCCAGGAGCAGUCGCCUUGAACACAGAGGAGCGUCUGUUCACUGUUAAUACCGCUCUUGCUCAUCGCCCUGCACGAUGGAUAUAAUAUUUGGCAGAAAUAAGAAGGAACAACUGGAGCCUUUGAGGACCAGAGUGACAGGCAGGAUUCCAGCAUGGCUGCAGGGGACCCUGCUCCGCAAUGGGCCUGGGAUGCACACAGUGGGCGAGACCAGAUACAACCACUGGUUCGACGGCCUGGCCUUGCUCCACAGCUUCACAAUCAGAGACGGUGAAGUCUGUUACAGAAGCAAAUACCUGAGAAGUGAUACCUACAAUGCCAAUAUUGAAGCGAACAGGAUUGUGGUGUCAGAAUUUGGAACAAUGGCCUAUCCGGACCCCUGCAAAAACAUAUUUUCCAAAGCUUUCUCCUACCUGUCCCACACCAUCCCUGAUUUCACAGACAACUGUCUGAUCAACAUCAUGAAGUGUGGCGAAGACUUCUAUGCAACCACGGAGACCAAUUACAUCAGGAAAAUCAACCCCCAGACUCUGGAAACCCUGGAGAAGGUUGAUUAUCGUAAACACGUGGCUGUAAAUCUGGCGACGUCACAUCCUCAUUAUGAUGACGCUGGAAAUGUUCUCAACAUUGGCACGUCCAUCGUGGACAAGGGGAAGACAAAAUAUGUGACCUUUAAGAUCCCUGCCACAGUAUCAGAGGGCGGGAAGAAGGGGCUGAGCGCCCUGAAACACAUGGAGGUGUUCUGCUCCAUCGCCUCCCGCGCGCUCCUCUCCCCGAGCUAUUACCACAGCUUCGGAGUCACUGAGAGCUACAUCGUUUUCCUCGAGCAGCCUUUCAGGAUGGAUAUCCUCAAGAUGGCAACCGCCUACAUCCGGGGCGUGAGCUGGGCUUCCUGCCUGGCUUUCCACAGGGAGGACAAGACUUACAUUCACAUCAUUGACCAAAGGACGAGGAAGCCCGUGCUGACCAAAUUUUACACGGACCCCAUGGUGGUGUUUCAUCACGUCAACGCCUACGAAGAGGACGGCUGCCUUCUGUUCGACGUCAUUGCCUACGAGGACAGCAGCCUUUACCAGCUCUUCUACUUGGCCAACCUGAAUAAGGACUUCGAGGAGAACUCCAGGCUCACCUCCGUCCCAGCCCUCAAGAGGUUCGCAGUGCCUCUCCGCAUGGACAAGAAUGCAGAGGCGGGCUCCAAUUUAAUCAAACUGUCAUCUACAACAGCAAGAGCCCUGAAGGAAAAAGAGGACCAAGUCUACUGCCAGCCGGAGUUGCUUUAUGAAGGCUUAGAGCUGCCUCGGAUCAAUUACGCUCACAACGGGAAGCGAUACCGCUAUGUCUUUGCUGCUGAAGUCCAGUGGAGCCCCAUCCCAACCAAGAUAAUAAAAUACGACAUUCUCACGAAGUCGUCCUUGAAGUGGGGAGAGGCGCGCUGCUGGCCGGCGGAGCCGGUGUUCGUGCCCACACCGGGUGCCGAGGACGAGGAUCACGGGAUUAUCUUAUCAGCCAUUGUCUCUACGGAUCCCCAGAAGCUGCCUUUUCUGCUGGUUCUGGAUGCCAAAACUUUUACAGAAUUGGCUCGUGCCUCCGCUGAUGUAGAGAUGCACCUGGAUCUCCACGGGCUGUUCGUCCCAGGUGCCGACUGGGAGGCAGGGAAGCAGGCCCCUUCCCGGGAGGAGCGGGACGGGGCUGCCGAGCGCCGUGUGGCCCCAAGGACCUGACUGCGUGGGGGCCUGGGCCCUGGAGAACGGCUCUGCCAGACUCAAGGGCGGUCCCUCCCUGGGUGGGGGGCAGGGGGGCCCUUCGUUUUAUUUUGCACUUAUUCUUUCCACAGUUGCUUUGAGACAGAGUUACAGAGAUAGAGCUUCUAUCAGUUUCUUUUCUUUCAUUUUAUUUUGGCCGUAAGAACCUUGUUUGAAAGUUGAUCAAAUAUUUAUUGAUUAGCUCUAGCACUGCUAAAAGCCCCUUUCCUUUAGUAUAAAGACCGUGACCAUGAAUCAGCAAUUGUAUUAAGGCACAUAAUCAUUGCUCCUGGAAUGGGCAGCCACUGACCCAUUGGAGAAGAGACACAGAAAUAUUUAUCGUUGCUCCUCCCUCCCCACCUUUCUUUCCCUUCCCUCCCUCCCUUCUUUCCCGUGGACUAGAGCGUGAGUUCUAGCUUUCUCAACCCUGCGCUGUCAGUAGACUACGUGACCCAGAAGGCGUGUACUUUGUGGUCAUUCCAUGCAAGGCGUGGCGUAAUACAAAAUAAUAAAACUUUAAAGGCUUUUCAGACCUUAUUUUAAUCUUACAUGGCUUCUUUCCUCUGAAGAUCUUCUAAGGCAGUAAAACAGAGGGGCAGAGCUAGACGGUUCAUAGUCCGCCAGGUGCCUCGUUGUACACCCAGUGGGACAGCAGACUGGUGUGGGCGUCCCCCACUGCAGGAGGGUAUGGAGGGGCUGGAAUCCAGGAUUGAGUCCUGUCUUGCCUGAUGCUGAGAACCAGGGUGGCGAGGCGUGCCAGAGCCAUACA